AUGUCAGGCAAAGCACAUGGCGGGAAGGGAAAGUCCGGCGCCAAAACCGGAUCGAACAUGAGAUCCACGACGCAUUCGGCGCGCGCGGGAUUGCAGUUCCCCGUAGGAAGAAUCAAGAGAUAUCUUAAGCGGAACGCAGCCGGUAAGACCCGUGUGGGAUCGAAGUCCGCAAUUUACAUGACGGCAGUUCUGGAGUAUCUCACGGCAGAAGUGCUGGAGUUGGCCGGAAACGCCGCCAAGGAUCUGAAGGUCAAGAGAAUCACCCCUCGGCACUUGCAGCUUGCGAUUCGCGGGGAUGACGAGCUGGACACUCUGGUUCGCGCUACCAUUGCAUCUGGUGGUGUUCUUCCACACAUCAACAAAGCACUGCUGUUGAAAGUGGAGCGCAAGGGUACCAAAAAUUGA